AUUGUCCAGUUAACGCCAUGUUUGCAUAUGUUGCCACAUACACAUUUUGGACUGAAAAACCAGGAAACCAGAUAUCGAAUGCGUUAUCUUGAUCUGAUAGUGAAUCCGGAUGUUAAAAACAAAUUUGUGGUACGAUCGCGGAUGAUCAGUUUUGUCAGGCGCUAUUUUGACAACUUGGGAUUCUUGGAGGUCGAGACUCCAAUGAUGAAUCGUAUUGCUGGUGGAGCAACAGCGAAACCGUUUAUCACGCAUCACAACGAUCUCAACAUGGACCUGUUUUUGCGAGUAGCGCCCGAAUUAUACCAUAAGAUGCUCGUUGUGGGCGGAAUUGAUCGUGUUUACGAAAUUGGACGUGUGUUCCGUAAUGAGAGUAUCGAUCAAACGCACAAUCCCGAAUUCACGUCCUGCGAAUUCUAUAUGGCCUACGCGGAUUAUGAAGACUUGAUGAAAAUCACUGAAGACCUGCUAUCCAGUAUUUAG